CCGGCGCGAGGCCACCGCCGUCCGUCCGCCUGUCCCGGCCCGCCCUCUGCACCCGUCCCGCAGUGCCAGCCGCCCACCCUCCGCGCUCCCGCGCUCCGUUCCGCCCAGGCCGCGCCUAGCUGGAAUGCAGAGAUCGCCGCCCGGCUACGGCGCACAGGACGACCCGCCAGCCCGCCGCGACUGUGCAUGGGCCCCGGGACUCGGGGCCGCCCCUGAGCCGCGCGGCCUCCCCGCCGCCCCCGCCGCGCCCGCCGCGCCCGCCUCGCCGCCCAGUCCGCAGCGCAGCCCGCCGCGAAGCCCCGAGCCGGGGCGCUAUGGCCUCAGCCCGGCCAGCCGCGGAGAGCGCCAGACGGCCGACGAGUCGCGCAUCCGGCGGCCCAUGAAUGCCUUCAUGGUGUGGGCGAAGGACGAGCGCAAGCGGCUGGCGCAGCAGAACCCAGACCUGCACAACGCGGUGCUCAGCAAGAUGCUGGGCAAGGCGUGGAAGGAGCUGAGCACAGCCGAGAAGCGGCCCUUCGUGGAAGAGGCGGAACGGUUGCGCGUGCAGCACCUGCGCGACCACCCCAACUACAAGUACCGGCCGCGCCGCAAGAAGCAGGCGCGCAAGGCCCGGCGGCUGGAGCCCGGCCUCCUGCUCCCGGGCCUGGCGCCCCCGCCGCCGCCCGAGCCCUUCCCCGCGGCGCCCGGGCCGGCCCGUGUUUUCCGCGAGCUGCCCACGCUGGGCGCAGAGUUCGACGGCCUGGGGCUGCCCACACCCGAGCGCUCGCCGCUGGACGGCCUGGAGCCUGGAGAGGCCGCCUUCUUCCCGCCGCCCGCCGCACCCGAGGACUGCGCGCUGCGGCCCUUCCGCGCGCCCUACGCCCCCGCCGAGCUGCCCCGGGACCCCGGUGGCUGCUACGGGGCGCCCCUGGCCGAGGCGCUCAGGACCGCGCCGGCCCCCGCCGCGCCGCUCUCCGGCCUCUACUACGGUGCCCUGGGCGCGCCCGGCCCGGGCCCGUAUCCCGGCCCGCUGUCGCCGCCGCCCGAGGCCCCGCCGCUGGAGGGCGCGGAGCCCCUGGGGCCCGCCGCCGACCUGUGGGCCGACGUGGACCUCACCGAGUUCGACCAGUACCUCAACUGCAGCCGGACUCGGCCCGACGCCACCGGGCUCCCAUACCACGUGGCGCUGGCCAAGCUGGGCCCGCGUGCCAUGUCCUGUCCGGAGGAGAGCAGCCUGAUAGCCGCGCUGUCCGACGCCAGCAGCGCCGUCUACUACAGCGCAUGCAUCUCCGGCUAGGCCGGCGGCCCACGCCGUGUGUCGCCGCUCUGUCUGUCGCGGGUGUACGUUGCAGGCUACUUGGAACAGCCCCGCGGGAACCAGCGACGCGUGCGCUCAGCGGCCGCCGCCGCGGGCAUCCUGCUGGGGUGGUUCCCACACGCCCGGGGCUUUUCCAGGGAGCCCAGGCCUAUGACCUGUUGGCUGGCCCUGCCAAGGUUAAGUUUUUGAAGCGCCUAAUCCUUUUCCUGCAGUGUAUUUUCUAGAACCAAGCUGUAUUUUUUACUUUGCCUUUUUUAUAUACAUAAUACAACAUAUUUAAUUUUUAUUAAACCUUUAACUUUUUCUAAGGGAUUUCACUGAUCAAAAGCAUCCAUGUAGCAGGGGCUUUUUAAACGUGAGGAAUAACAACGCUUUUUUGCUGUAAAGGAAAGGAGGAGCCGGAGCUGGGUCCCCCUGGGCCAGGCAAAGCCACAAUAAAGCCCCUCACCUUUCCUCUGCCA